AACUCUAUUGGUCAAUGCCAUAAAUUAUGACCUUUUGACGAUAAUACCCUACGUAACUCUAACAGCUUUAUCUCAUCUAAUCUCAAAAUUGUUUCUAUACAGUUUUGUAUUGAUUGAAAUCAAGAUUACAACACAUAUCAGUUAAUCAAUAUGCGCUUAUUCAUCGGCAAUUAUGAAGUCCGAAAAUGAUCCUAAAGCAAGCUAUUUUAUAUGUACUGAAGUUUCUGCUUUCUAAUAGUUGAUGCAUCCAAGUAAAUUGUUCGAUGACUCCAUAUAUCCUUCAGGUGUAUCAGUAAUAAUUAUAAAGAUAAGUCAGUGUAUCCAGAAGUAAAUAGAUUAGAAAUCAACUAUUAAAAAAAAAACUAUUUAGAAUGAGAGGGUACUGAUGACUGAGUUUAUGCUCAGUUUGCAAUCACGAUUUUAUUAACCAAUUUGUACCGGAAUUUAUAUCUCACGCACACACAAAUAUAUUGAAUACACUACUAUUCAAAUGAAUUUUCCUGUUGAUCAUUUCUUUAUCUUAAUAAAUGCAUUUGUACAUUUAAUUGUAAACAUACAGUUGGUUUGGCUGAAUCCACAUGUAACUGAAGAAACAAUAAAUAUACCGAAAGUAUAUUUCAUUCAUCCUGGUCCAUCUGUUUCAGGGAGUCAAUUAAUCAAGAAUCAAUUUCAAUCAUAUAAUGGUUCAAAUUUUCAGAAACCACAUAAUUACAAAGUCAAAAAGCACAAAAUGAAUAUUAAUACUACUAAUAAUCAUAAUAGUAGAUUUUCUAAUGUAACUCAAACAAAUUCAAAAUCGACGCACAAAAAGAUUUUUAAAGAUCAUAACAUAUCAAAGAACACAUUAUUCGUUGAAAGGUUACAUGAAAAAAUAAACUAUUUUAUACCAAAGUCACUAAAAUUUGAGCCAGAGAAAGAUUUGGCCAUAUUAUAUCCAGAAAGCAAUUGGCUUGACCCAUGCAAAGCCACUGCAUACUAUGGGGAUAUAGCGUUGGAUGAACACGAAUCUCAUAUGAUGUUGUCAAAAGGCAUGGCAUUAUCUGAUGAUCCAUUACAAAUAUGGGAUUUGGAAGAUAAUAAGGAAACGAACAAUCGGAGAAAUAAAUAUUCUAACAUCCCUAAUUCAAAACCAUUGGAUGAUAUUAAAAGUGAAAUGAGCACUCAUUUAGGUGGUAACUCACGUCAUUUGAAACAAAAGCAUAUUCAAAAUUACAAAGAUAUGGCAGACAGAAGUCUUCCAAACAAACUCAAAAAAUUAACAAGUGAACGAAGGGAAAAAUCGAGAAAGUUUGGUCAAAACUGGCAGAAAAGAAGGAAUGAAUUACUUAAACGUCAAAGAUAUCGCCAACUUAAGGCCAAAACACAAGCAUUUAUUCAGUUAAAUAAAUUAUAUCAGCAGAAAGCUGACAUAUUAAUGUUUACUCCUGAACAAAGAAAAAAGAAAGAGUUUUCUCAAGGUAAAAGAAGGUCUAAAAGGGCAGCUACAGCUUAUGUUUCAAGAACAUGGACAAACGGAGUUAUUCCAUACAUAAUACAAGCAAAUUUUUCAAGUGAAACUAAAGCUACGAUUAUGAAAGCUAUGCGACAUUGGGAAAAUUAUACCUGUCUUAGUUUUGUUGAAAGGCAACCACAUCACAGAUCCUACAUAAUCUUCACUGAAAAGGCAUGUGGGUGUUGUUCAUACGUGGGACGACGUAGCGAAGAUGAACCACAAGCCAUAUCAAUCGGAAAAAAUUGUGACAAGAAAGGGAUAGUAAUUCAUGAACUUGGUCAUGUGAUUGGAUUUUGGCAUGAACACACUAGACCUGAUCGAGAUGAACAUGUAGAUAUUCUACUCGAUAAUGUUGUUGAAGGACAAGAUUUUAAUUUUAAAAAAAUGGAUCCAGGUGAAGUGAACUCUCUUGGUGAACCAUAUGACUAUAGUUCUAUUAUGCAUUACGCUAAAGGAACAUUUGCUAAAGCGAAUAAAGAUGAAACAAUUAGACCAAAAGCUUGUUGUCCACGACCACCUAUUGGUCAACGUAUUCAGUUAAGUCCUGGUGAUAUUCGACAAACGAAUAAACUUUAUUUAUGUCCAGCAUGUGGUCGUACGCUUCUAGAACCAGUAGGAAGUUUGUCUUCACCACAAAUGGCAUGGAAAUUAGAAGAUCGUUUCGGUGGUAAUGCCAACUCUUCAUUAUUUCCCGAUCCGAUAGGUUUAGAGCAGUCGAUUCAACUAGGAAAUGCUAUAUCAGUUGAUCAUCUUUUACCUGAUGAUAACGAGAAUAUGUAUCAUCCUUAUCGAUCAUUAACAAAUGGUAAUGCAAUUGAUGGUGGUGAAGAUCAUAGUUUAAUCGGUAUGGUCAAUGAUAAUAAUUAUCAGUUAAAAGCAAUUCCAUAUAAUCCAUUCAAAGGAUCAUUCAAUAAUGAAGAAGUUCCAUUGAUAGCAAUGAGUCGUUUAUCUAAGUUAUCAAAAACAAGUUCAUCAUCUACUUUAGGUUUCACAUCAGCUAGUCCUAUACUUUGUCAAUGGAGAAUAAAUGCUGCAUCAGGUGAACGGAUACGUUUAAAUUUUACACACAUGGAUAUAUCUGGACCGAUAACACAGGAUGCUAUACAUACACCAAAUAAUUUAAAUAAUUUACAUAAAGCAUAUGAAUUAAAUCAAAAAAGUAUCAAUCGUAUCUCAUGUAUUAAUGAUUAUGUAGAAAUAAGAGAUGGAUAUUAUUCUGGUUCACCAUUAAUUGGUCGUUACUGUGGUCAAAAUUUACCUCCACAGUUAAUUUCAACUGGAUCACGUCUUUGGUUAGAAUAUAGAAGAUCUGCUGGGAGUAUGACUACAGGUUUUAUCGCUGAUUAUGAAGCUAUAUGUGGUGGAGAAUUACAAAUGGAAGAAGGGACACUAACAAGUCCAAAUUACCCUGAAUUUUAUCGACCAAGUAAAGAGUGUGUUUGGCAAAUUAUUGUUCCCGUUGGUUAUUCUGUUGCAUUGAUAUUUCAUUCAUUUCAGCUAGAAAAACAUGAUACCUGUGUAUACGAUUACCUAGAGGUACGUGAUGGUUUAAAAGAUACAUCCCCACUGCUGAAAAAACUAUGUGGAUCACAUCUACCCACUCCAAUUAAAUCGACCAAUAAUGUGAUGUAUGUAAAAUUUGUAUCAGAUAGCUCAGUAGAAAAACAAGGAUUUACGGCCACAUUUCAGAAAGAAUUUGAUGAGUGCAAAACUAUGAAACAUGGUUGUUCACAUACUUGUGUCAAUACACUUGGAGGUUAUCGAUGUCAAUGUGAGAUUGGUUAUGAACUACAUGCAGAUGGGAAACGUUGUGAAGAUGCAUGUGGAGGGGUAAUCAAUGAGUCGAAUGGUACUAUUCAAACGCCUUUAUUUCCUGAUUUAUAUCCACCUAAGAAAAAUUGUAUCUGGAAAAUUUUGGCACCACCUAAAACGACAAUUUUUCUUAAUUUUACACAUUUUAAUUUAGAAGGUCAUAAUCGAGCAUGUCGAUAUGAUUUUAUCAAUGUUUACAAUGGUUCAACAGAUAAUCAACAGAAAAUUGGCACAUUUUGUGGUGAUCAAAUACCAGAGCCUAUUACAUCCCAUACAAAUGAACUCAGUAUUGAAUUUUAUUCAGAUACAUCUGUACAGCGUACUGGUUUCAGAGCUGUAUUCUUUACUGAUCGAGAUGAAUGUGCUGAUAAUAACGGAGGUUGUCAACAUUUAUGUCGAAAUACAAUAGGAUCAUACCAUUGCGCUUGUCGACCGGGUUUUAAUCUUUACGGCAGAUAUGAAUGCAAAGAGAACAUUAAAACUGGAUGUCAGCAAGAUAUAUCUUCACCCGAUGGGGAGAUUAUCACUCCAAAUUGGCCAAAUGAAUAUCCCGUGAAGCAAAAUUGUCAUUGGAAAAUCACUGUAACACCUGGUCAUCGAGUGAAAGUUAUAUUUGCCGAUUUUGAACUUGAGUCACAUCAACAAUGUACAUAUGAUCAAGUUAUAGCUUAUGAUGGACCAACAAAUAGUUCCGCUUUUCUUGGUCAAUACUGUGGUAGUAGAAAACCUGGCCCAAUUAUUUCUUCACAGAAUCAGUUGUUGCUUACAUUUAAUUCUGAUUCAUCUGUACAACGUAAAGGAUUUCGAGCUCAACAUACUACAAUUUGUGGUGGUCAUUUAACUGCUGACAGUGUUCCGCAAACAAUUUAUUCACAUGCUAAGUUUGGUGAUCUCGAUUACGAAUCAAAUCAACAGUGUUACUGGACAAUUACACCAAAAUUAGAUAAUCAUACUGUUCUACUGAGAUUUCUUUAUUUUGAAGUAGAAGAAGAAACACUAUGCACGUAAGUUUAUUAAUCCUGAACAAAAAUUAUCUAUUCUAGUGAUUAUUUACAAUGGGGAUAGUCCGGGAAUGAUGUCUCUGACUGUAGUAGGCAAACAGCCCGGCUUCUCCCAAAUGCCCUGAACAGAUCGAGUAAAAGCGAUGACUUCUGCUAUAACAGAAUGAAUAUCAUAAAAUUUGGUACUGAUUUCCCAAAUUAUUAUUGAUUUUAAUUUUGUUGAAUAACUAAUUAUUAACUAGAAUACUAUGUUUAUGCAUUCCAUUUAUCAUAAGCUUUCAGUUAAUCCAUGAACUACUAUCAUACGACUUACUGUUCCCAAUUUCUCAGUCUAUUAUUUACAGUCUCUCCAGUUCACAGUCACUUUGGUUUGUUUAUAUACAGUUAUUAUCUUCUAUUUUAUGAUGUGAUGCUGUCCAGUAUGUCUGCAUAUCAACCACAUCUGCUUGAAAUAAAGAUAUAGUAGAAGCUGGUUGUACAUGUAUUCCACAUUUGUAGAGGAAUGAGUGGAGUAUGAACUUGUUUUUGCCAUCCGCUACAAGAAAAGUACAUCUUCUGAAGGUACUUCACUGCCUUUCGAAAAAGCCUUCAAAUUAAAGAUGCAAUCACAUUCCCAAGACGGUGUCACAAUCCUCUCAUAAGUUGUGUCACAUACCUCAGCGGAAAGAUAUUCUUCUGUUUUAUGUUCACAUAAAAGGUGAUCUCUUCCUCUUGAAAGUAAUAAACAAGUUGCUAUUUUCAGAAAUGACAAUAAAGUAUAUUCAGAUGUUUUUGGAGAUCUAGCAGCGAUGUUGCCUUAAUGUACUUCGAACCUAAAUAAUUCAGAAAGCUAGAUCAGUCAGUCAGUAACAAAGUAGAACUUCGUACGUACGUACAUCAUUUCGAGUUGCCAUACCAAAUUAGCACAGAGCUGCAGUUUUCGAUUCAAAUCCCGUAGUAUGAGUAUAAGCAGUAAUCUGAAAGAUUAGGGUUUGAAGAUGUUAUUCAAGGAGUAUAAUCCAGUCAAAUAAAUUUGGGAAGAGAAAAAAAGAGACAAGGAGAAUCCAGCAUAUUAGAAUUUGGGAGGACACAAAGAGUGGAUGCACUGCGCCAUUCCAAACGAUUUUGAGCCGUGUCAUUCAAGGUCUCUAACCAUCGGUUGCUAUCAUCUCGCGGUCCCCAACCAUGUAGUCUACAUCUACCAACAUGGCUCAGCCCACUUGUCAGUGACUUCAUGGAUUUUUGCCAUGUUUUGGUCUGGCCGCCCCUAGCUUUCUUCCAACCCACUCCUACACCAAUGAACAUCGCACGUCGAGGCAGUCGGUGGUUGGGCAUACGUAACACAUGUCCCAGCCAUCUCAACUGAUGAAGUUUCAAUACUUCAUCAAUGGAUUUGCCAUCCUUACCUAGUGCUCGUUUUCUAACAACUGUGUUACUUACUCGGUGGUUCCAGGAUAUACGAGCAAUGUUUCGAAGACACCUAUGAUCAGUAUUAGUAACCUACGAAUAUCCUCUACUCUUACCGGCCAUGUUUCACUCCCAUUGAGUAGGACAGAACGAACUGUUGCACAGUAAACACGUCCUUUGGUUGAUAGACGAAUAUCUCGCCCACGCCAUAAAUGACGCAAGUUGGCAAAAGCUAGUCGAGCCUUCUGUAUCCGUUCUGAGAUUUCGUCACACACCAGACCGCAAGGGCUGAUGAGACUUCCAAGAUAAGUGAAGCGGUCGACACACUCAACUACUUCACUCCCUAUCAUUAGUUCGGGUGUCAAUGCAACCCAAUCCUGAAGCAACAUUUUACAUUUUGAGGGGGAGAAUCGCAUGCCGAACAUGCUUGCAUUGUUGCUUAUAGUGGUCAGAAGACUGCAUUUUGUCAGCGUCUUCACCAAACAGAACUAUGUUAUCGGCAUAUUCUAAGUCAACAAGUGAAUCUCCCUGUAGAAGUUCAACUCCUGGAAAUUUAGAUGAAAAAAGUAUUAUCUCUAAAAGCAUGUCAACGAAAUAGUUAAACAAGAAUGGAGAGAGUGGACAGUCCUGACGAACACCACUUGAGGUAAUGAAUUCUGAUGGCAGUUCGCUAUAAGCUCUCACUCGACCAGUAGUGUUCGAGUAGAGAGCCUUCACAAGGUUAAUGUACAUCUUUGGUACUCCUUUCAGUGACAAACACUAAAACAGAACCUCACGAUCGACAGAGUCAAAUGCCGCCUUAAGGUCGAGAAAUACGAGUGUGGGGCGUCUGAAUGUAUGUCUAUGUUCUAGGACCUUAUGUAGUGUGAAUAUCUGGUCUAUACAACCACAUCCAGGUUGAAAACCAGCCUGAUUUUCUCUAGUCUGCUCUUCACGAGCUUUAGUUAGGCGUCGGAGUAUUAUUGAAGCUAAUAUUUUAGACACUAUCUUAGUCAAGCUGAUUCCUCUGUGAUUGUCACAAGAAGACUUAUGUCCUUUUUUAUAGACUGGCACAAUCAGUGAUUGAGACCAGUCAGAUGGGAUUACGUUCAGUUCCCAAAUUCUACCUAAGACCUAAGUCAAUCUCGCUGCUAAUACUGGACCUCCAUCCUUAAAAAUCUCAGGGGUAAACCUGUCAGGGCCUGUUGCUAGAUAGAAAGCAGUGAUUUCCGUUUAUUCAUCAAUAUUUAUUGAAAUUAGGAAGAUCUAUAAAUGACACUUAAUCCGUCGUCACAGAAGACAUAUAUAUCCUGAUUAGACUGUCCAUAACAAAAGGUGAGGUCUCUCGAAAUUUUCAAAUAUUUUCUAUAUUCGGCUUCUGUUAAUAGCAUCGAUCAGAUCUUACCUAUUUCUCCGUAAAAUUACCACUGAUUUGAUAUAGAUUCGAGAGUAUUUCAACCCAUUCAAAUAAUCAACCUCAAGCAGAAAGACUAUUAACUAUCUAUGAAAAUAUUUGUAGUGUUUAUUUUUUUGUCUCACCGAUUGCCCAGUAUUUUAGUAAGGUAUACAAUACAUUUUAUUUUAGAAUUUCGGUAUGUCUGUACCCCAAUCUAGGUUUGAAUUAUCUGUGGGGGGAUCAAAUGCAUUUCCAAACUACCAUCUGAAUCACAUUGCCCCAUAUGAUGAAUUAAGUAGUUCAUUAUAUACAUAUAUACUUAUCAUUAGGUAUAAACGAACAUUUUACUCUUAAGCAACAUGAGUGAAGGUAUAGAAAUAACUUGUCUGUAAAUUAGUUGAAAGCUGAAAUUCUCAUUCCAGAAAUUCUUAAAAUUAUCUUUAACAUUUAUUAUUCAUUCUUUUUUCUUUGUUUCUUUGUAAUCGUUAUGAAAUUACAUCAUGCUUGUUAACAUCCUCGUAUUAUUCAGGUACGACUAUCUUCGAGUUUUCGAUGGAGGUGAUCCUAAAGGAAAACUUCUGGGUGGUUUUUGUGGGAGAACUUUACCGAAUACAUUUUUGUCAAAUUCUGGACAACUGUAUCUUCAGUUUGUUAGCGACGAUACAAUUGGUGGUAAAGGUUUUCAAGCACAAUAUCAAAUGAUUCCAUAUGAUUUUAAAUUACCGAAGCAUGAAAUCGAUUCACAAGUGUUAAUCAAUCAAAUACCAUCUCAUUCAUCUUCCGCUUCUUCUUCAUCUUCCUCAUCAUCAUCUCCAUCAUCAGUUUAUUAUGGUAAAAACGAAAUGUUACAGCAAUAUCAACCAUUUCAUGGUAAUCGUUAUUUAUUUCCACCAGCAUGGGGCACCGGAAGGAUUCGUUAUUUUGGUGAUAUGCGUAGUUCUGAAAUGACUGAAAAUUAUCAAUCUACUCGACCUUUUAAUUAUAAUCCGUCAUAUCAACAUGUAAAACAUUCAUCAACUAUACAACAGACAAAUCCUAUGAUCUACUCACAAAAUAAUAUUUAUCAACGUCGCGAUGGAAGACUUCCUGUUAAUCGAGAUAAUUCCCAAUUACCUUGGCGAUUUGCUUAUACCUAUCCACAAGCUAAAAGUUCAUCAACUAUAACUGCUACUAAUAAUCUUUUCAGAUCCAGUCCGUCAUACACAACAUAUAAUUCCCGUUCAUCUAAGCAAACUUCAAGUCAAAGUAGAUCACCAGCAGAAUUUCUACGUACAACUAUGCGACCAGUUUCUCCUUUACUAUCGCAAAAUGCAAUAAAUUCAAGAAAUCCACGUAUAAGUAGUACAUGGCAUGUACGACCUGGUCGUAUUGUACACCAACCUCAAUUAAAUAUCAUUAACAGAAUAAUUCAACCAAAUUCAAAAAAUUACCAAUCUUCACCACGUGAUAUUCUUCGACAAGUAAAAUCACAUUCGUAUCAACGGAAGCAAACAGAACAAAAUCCCAAAAGUCCUAUGCGUUUUCAUGUAAUCACUCAAAGGAAUCGAAGCCCACCAUUGUUUUCCGGUGGUAGCCAAUGGAAACAGAGAAGUAUGCCUUUGAGUAGUAGAUCACGUUGGGAUGAUAGAGCUAUUAGAGCAUUUUAAUUAUUAAAUAUAAAUUAUAGUAUUGCUUCAUUUUCUUCUACAAAUGCCUCAAUUUUUUUUUCUGGUUUUGUUUUAACUUUAUCUAAAUUCAUAGACGGAAUUGAUUGUAAUGAAAAUUAAAAUAAGUUUAUUUUUGCAUAAAGAGAAUUUUAUUUGUGAGACAAUUAAAUCUUUAAGGUUUUGUUUAAAUGAAACGAAAUAAGCUAACUGUUCAAUAGAUAAACGACGUUUAAUAUUUCAAGAAUAGCUGGAAUUACAAUCUUAUAAUAACUAAAUUAGUUAUUAAUUUUAAAUGAAAACAAUAAUCUAUUCCCUAUUGCAUUUUGUAUAAUAAUUAAAAAGUCUAUCACUACUGUUAAAUUAGGUAAUGUUUAUUCGAAUAUAUUAACAUACAAUUAGAAACAUGACAAAUAUAUUUGGUGUGGAUAUGUAUUGCAUUUUAUUAUUAUUCUAUUACUCAUUUAUUGUAAUUUAUUCACUCCAUAUUUCCAUGUUUCCAUUUGUUUCUCGAUUUUUCUUUUUUUUGCAUAAAAAAUAAGUAAAGUAAAUAAAGAUGAACACACAAUUUAAAACAAACAAACAAACGAAUAACCUUUGUAUGUAUUGAAAUUCAAACUUCUUGAAUAAAUAUUGUGAUGUAAUUAAUGUU